GUGGGCUUGUGGCGUCGCCGCCGCCGCCGCAGCUGCCGGCACUCUCCCUUCCUCUUCCCCGUCCUCUUCUCCUGGGUCCCGGGAGCCCCUGCCCGGGGAGAGGUGCCAUUGCUGAUUGUGGUGCUUGAGCAGAACCUUGGUUGGUGACAGCAUGACGAGUGAGGUGAUAGAAGAUGAGAAACAAUUCUAUUCGAAGGCCAAGACAUACUGGAAACAGAUCCCACCCACCGUGGACGGCAUGCUUGGGGGGUAUGGCCACAUCUCCAGCAUCGACAUCAACAGCUCCCGGAAGUUCCUGCAGAGGUUUUUGAGGGAAGGCCCGAACAAGACAGGAACUUCCUGUGCCCUGGACUGCGGCGCUGGCAUUGGAAGGAUCACCAAGCGACUGCUCUUGCCGCUGUUCAGGGAGGUGGAUAUGGUUGACCUGACAGAGGACUUUCUGGUUAAAGCCAAGACCUACCUGGGGGAGGAAGGCAAGAGGGUGAGGAACUACUUCUGCUGUGGUCUCCAGGACUUCAGCCCGGAGCCGGACUCUUACGACGUGAUCUGGAUCCAGUGGGUGAUAGGCCACCUAACAGAUCAGCACCUGGCCGAGUUCCUACGGCGCUGCAAGGGGGGCCUCCGCCCCAAUGGCAUCAUCGUCAUCAAAGACAACAUGGCCCAGGAGGGCGUGAUCCUAGAUGACGUGGACAGCAGCGUGUGCCGGGACCUUGAGGUGGUCCGCAGGAUCAUCCGCAGUGCAGGCCUCAGCCUCCUGGCCGAGGAGAGGCAGGAGAACCUCCCGGAUGAGAUCUACCACGUCUACAGCUUUGCCCUGAGAUAAGCCUGGGCUGGCAGGAGAAACUGAGGAACCACAGCCCAGGUGAGGGUUGCUGGCAGUUGGGUGAGAUCCAGGCUCCACGCUGAUGGUUCGGAAUGUUGAGAGGCCGCUAAAUAUACCUGUCUGCCGUCUACUCA